AUCACAAUGACUCCAAGAACACUUGCAGGUACCUGGGCGGAGCUGUCAGAGGGAGCAGGUGGAAAGAUGGGCUCUCCCAGCAAAUAGCCCACCUGCCAGGGGGCUCUAAAUUUACAGGACCUUCCGUGGCCUCACACAGUAGCAGGUGCAGCGAGCCCUACACUGUGCCACUAGCUCACGUCAACGUCACAGCCGCCCCCAAAGGGCUGGCGUCCCCGCCCUCACCGCCUUUGCUCCGGGACACAGCAGGCGAGGGUCCUGCGGGAGCCAGCUUCUGCUGCCCCUUCCUGGCGCUAUGGCCUGCGGACUGGCAUACGACCUUCUUGAGGCCCCGCUCGCCCCUGCGCGUCCCCCGGGCGCGAAGGUGUCCUGAGCUGAGCUCUGACUCCAGAUGUUCCGGCGCAAGCCCAUGGAGGGGACCCCGGCCUACAAGCCCAAGGGGUAUCCCGACGGGGCCACCCCACUCCUCCCUAUUCAGCGGCUGCCGUUGCUGCUGCCCAUGCUCGACGGCCGUGCGGGGCGAGGCAAAGACGGCACGUGGUGGCGGGACAACAAGUCCCAGCGCCUGCCUUGCCUGUCCCCCGAGUCCCCGUACGCUCCGCGGGACCGUGGGACCGUGCGCGCGCUGCUACUGCCGCCGCUGCUGCCGAACAGCUCGGCCCGGGAGGCGGGGGCUCGGGGGAACCGGCAGCCCAAGGACCACGACAACCGUGACACCCUACGCUCGCUGCUGAGGGAGCUGCUGCCCCACAAGUUCAGCCGCUUCCUGAACAAGCUGCGCGCCAAGAGCGUAGACACAAAGGCGGACCCACCCUCAGCGCCACAGUACCCCAGGAGUACAUCAGAUCACUGCCUAGCUUCUCCGUGUUCCAGCUGCUCAUUCCUCCCGGACCUGUGGGACCAACCAUUGCAAGGGGACGACGGUUUUAGAGAGAAGACUACCCUGGGGCUCCCAAAAGGUGAAUUCGUCAGAGCCAAAAAGGCCCAUCCCCCCUCUGGAGAAGGCUCAAGACCCCGCAAACGCCAUUGCCCUUUCCGGGUACGCUUCGCAGACGAGACCCUGCAGGACACAGCACUCCGGUACUGGGAACGCAACCGUGCAGUCCGGCAGAACAUCUUUCCGAGCGAGCAGACGGCUUUGCCAGCAGUGUCUGUAUCAGAGCGGGUGCUUGGGAGUGUUGGGAGAUGGUUGGACAGUCUGCCCAGAGCCCUUCAUCCCAGGACCCAAGACACUGUGGCCGGCUCCUCAUGCUGGAACUGCCCUGGCAUGUCAGCUCAGGAACCACAGCUCUACCUUUCUGAGGAUGCCUCCAUGAGCAGCGGCCUACCCUUCAUCUCCAGGGCCACCAUCCCAAGGCCACGGGGAGGCCUCAGGACCUUCCUGGACACCCCUAGCAAUGUGGAGCAGGUGGGCAAAUUGCCCCGUUCCUGGAACCAGGAGCUGGAAUCCUUUCUGCCCAGUUUGGUCCUGCAGUCUGUCCUGAAGCAACAAGGCCGCCCUAAGGGCUACCAGCUCCUCCUGCCAUCCACAAACCGGCAGCAGGCUCACAGGUGAAUGCCUGCCAGAGCCCCCACCCCACCCCCUGCUCAGGAGUGUACCCAUGCCAGGCAAUGAGGAGAGUGCUUCUUCACCCCACAAAUAAACACACCACCUCCCAGGUGGCUGGGAUGGAUCACUAGGUCUCCCAGGAAAAGCCA